UUCAUGUUGCUAAUGCUAGCUCAUUACUCUCCUAAAUUAGCCCAACCGUUGAACCCACCCAUCCCCGCGUUUACUCUCUCUCUCUCUCUCUCUCUCCUCUCUCUCCCUGCAAUCCAACUCCCCCAUUCCAUUCCAUUCACCCCCUUCUCCCCAUUUCUCAGAACCCGGGAGAGAAUGGGAGAGAAACACUAACACAACCCCUUUGCCUUUAUUCCAUUCAACAAACACAUUCUUUUUUUUUUCUCUCUCUCUCUUCCCCUCUUAUGGGGUCACAUCAAAACGACCCCCAUUUCUGAGUUUUCUUUUCUCAAACACCAAAAACCCUAAUUUUCUUCAUUCUUACCUCAACAACUACAAAUCAACCAUUUUUAAUCACACCCAUUUCAAUUCAAACGGAUCCUUUCAUUAUUAUUGAAAAUUCCCCUUUGGAUUUUCAACCAAGGGGUAGAUGUGGAGAAAACCCCCUUUUCUAACUUCAAACCCUAAUAAUCCAUACACGAAUCGAAUCUCUUCGAUUAUUGUUCCAUGGAUUCAACAUUUUCACCUUUCGGAUUUUUGAUUUUCGGUAUUUUUCUUAGCUGGUACGCUUUUCUUGUUCAAUCUCAGAUACAAGAUGGUAAAGGUUUUCAAUCACCACCACCACCUGCAUUUCUAAUGUCACCUCCACCACCUCCUCCGCCACCACCGCCUCCUCCUCCGCCAAUAUCAUCACCACCACCGCCUCCUCAGGCUUCAGAUUCUCCUCCCCCGCCUCCAUCGCCGCCGCAAAGUCCUCCCCAAAAUCAUGUAAAAAACCAUAAACCCAACACGAUAAGAUCGCCGCCGCACCCUCGCCGCCGACACCAUGUUCAUUUACCGCCUCCCCCGCCGCCACACCGGAUGAAUGCUGGUAAAAAGGUGGGGCUUUUGUUUUUGGGCAUUGCGGCAAUUAUGCAGGUUGGUAUUGUUGGGUUCUUGGUUAUCAAAAGAAGACAACUUUUGAAGACCAAUGACAGAUACGAGAAUUGUUCUUGAAAAAAAUUUCUUACUUUUUCUUUCUUAUUGAUUCUAAUUCUUUUUUUUUUUUAAAGAGAAAUUAAUGGGUUGAAAUUCUUUGUUGGAGGAGAAAAUGGGGGUUAGUAGGGGGAAUGUAUUAAUUUGUGAAGUUAUCAUUGGAACCACAAACGUUGUUUACUCUUUUGUAUAUUGGUUAUUGUUAGUUUACGUUUCCCUUUCAUGUUUUAUGUUACCCCUUUUUUUCCCUUAGUUACAUUAUCAUUACAUUGGGUUAUUAUUGGGUUAUAAUGAAAAACAAAAGAAACCCUUUUGUUGUACUUUGUUUUUUUGUUGUUGUGCUCUAACAUGUUUGAUGUACAAUGAUGAUGUUGUUAGGAAUAUUUGAUGGAUUAACAAUUUGUAAUCAUACUCAUAGUACUUUUUGUUGUUGUUUAUAUUCUCCCAAUUGAUGUCAA